AUGGGCCAUCCUGGGAUUUGGAGGUGGACCCUGUUUGUCUGCCUGAGCUGGAUGUUUGUGCAGGCGGCAGCAGAACCGCAGUACCUGGUAGCCGUACCUUCAGAGUUAGAAGCCGGGGCUGAGACCCAAUUCUGUCUGAGUCUCCUGCAGCCCAACGAGCCUCUGCUCAUCACCGUCACGCUGACCUCCGAAGAAGAGGAGACAAUCCUUCUAAAGACGACAUCCAGCGUGGAAUUACAUGAAUGCUAUACGUUCCAGGCUCCUUUAGUGAAGAAUUAUAAACUUCACAAUUUCAAGGUGAAGGUUGAAGGCGAUGAAUUCCUCUCGGAAGAAGUCAGGAUGGUAUGGGUCAAAGACAACGGACAGAUGACGUACGUCCAAACAGAUAAACCGCUCUACCUACCAGGACAAACAGUGCAUUUCAGAGUCUUCACUCUGGACCACAAGUUCAGACCUGCUGAUGAGCUGUACAAUACCAUCGAAAUAAUGGAUUCAAAGCAUAACCGGCUCAGGCAGUGGAUGAACACAACGUCUAAUGGAAAAAUAUUGCAGCUGUCUUACUCCUUGAACUCUGAGGCUUGUGAAGGAGGAUGGAAAGUUCAAGUUGGGAUAGGUGAAAGAAAGAUAUAUCACAUAUUCAAGGUGGAGAAAUAUGUUUUGCCAAAAUUUGAUGUAAAAAUAAAAGCGUCCAAUGAAAUAUGUGUUGGACAGGAGGAAAUCGAAGUGGAAGUCUGUGCAAAAUACACUUAUGGACAACCCGUGCCAGGAAGUGUUUCGUUUAAGACGUGCCGACCUCUGAAACCACCCGUUGAACUUGAUAUCACAGAGCCGUGCUACAAGGAGACAAAGAAGACAGAACAGAACGGCUGUGCCAGGUUUAAUUUCGACAUGUCAACCUUCACAAAACUGGACCCAAAGGCAUUGUGGGAUAGACUGUUAAUCAACGCUGUAGUGAAAGAGGAGGGAACAGGUAUUGAACAAUCACAGGGGACAAUGAGGGAACUUUCUUAUGUGGUUGGAAAGUUGUUCUUUAUUGACACACCCAGGUUUUAUGAUAAAGGAUCAGUUGUGGAAGGAAAAGUUAAAAUGGUUACCUUCAAAAAUGAACCUGUUCCGGACAUGCCGGUCUAUUUGUUGCAUGAUCGGUGGAGGAUACAUCUGCUACAGAACCUCAUGACUGACAGCAAUGGUAUCGCCCCUUUCACACUAAAUAUGACCAACUUUGAGAACAACGUCUUUCUCAAAGUAAGUCUUACUCCAACCAUUCAAUACAGUCGCUUCAAAGGUCCACACUAUGAGACUGGAAAUCAACAACUUUCCUUGGUGUUGCCGUCUUCUCCUGAUACUAAAUCAUCCAGCUCUCUGAAAGUGAAGACAAAGAACGACCAGCUUCCCUGUGACAAAGAGGACUACUUUUCCAUCCUCUACACUUUUGUGGGAGAUACCCGAAGUGCAGUGGAUGUGAUGUAUCUGGUGUUAUCCAGAGGAAACAUUGCCAUGCAAGGACAUCAAAAGGUGGAAGUGCAAAAUGAACCCGUGACUGAUGGGAAGAUCAUCUUUACAUUGAAAGUGACUCCAGAUUUAGCACCAGAGUUCCAGGUUGUAGCUUACGCCGUCCUCCCCAAUGAGAUUGUUAUCGCCGACAGUGCUAUCUUCCAAACCGAGAAAUGCUUCAGCCACAAGGUAUCCUUGGCGUUUUCUCCAACCUCAGCAAUACCAGGAGAGGGAACUACCCUUCAGGUGUUGGCCAAUCCGGGCUCUCUGUGUGGUGUGAGUGCCGUUGACCAGAGCGUCCUUAUCGAUGAGCCAGGAAAGACUCUGGAUGCAGAGAAGAUAUUUAAACUUCUGCCUGAGAAAAGAGAUUAUAUUGAUGAUCCUAAAUUAUGUAUAAAUGUGAAACGCACGAGAUCUACACACAGACGCCGGAAUUCUUUCUUUAUCGAUCGCAGUGGAAUUGGAAUGGAUUCUCUGUGGCCCUCUGUGGUAAUCAAGUCGAUCCGCACUUUCUUCCCUGAAACUUGGAUAUGGAAACUGGUGGAAGUUGGAGAGUCUGGAUCGACAGAUUUGUCGCUCACUGUCCCGGACACCAUCACCACCUGGGAGACGGAGGCUUUCUGUUUGUCCCCUCAGGGAUUCGGCUUGGCUCCGAGGGAGACGCUCACAGUCUUCCAGCCUUUCUUCCUAGAGCUUGACCUGCCUUACUCCAUCAUCCGAGGGGAGCAGUUUGAUCUGAAAGCGACUGUUUUCAACUACCUGUCCAGCUGCAUCAUGGUCACUGUGACUCCAGCUGCCUCAACAGAUUUCACCCUCACCCCGCUCGUCGAUCAACAGUACACAUCCUGUCUGUGUGCUACCGAACGCAAAACUUUCAGAUGGACCAUGUCCCCUUCGGUCUUAGGGGUCGUGAACGUGACAAUGUCCGCUGAGGCGGUGGCCUCCCAUGUGUCAUGUGACAAUGAGAUUGUGAGCGUGCCAGACAGAGGUUGUAUCGAUGUGGUCACACGAACCCUCAUAGUGAAGGCUGAGGGAACAGAGAUGACAAAAACCUUCAACUGGCUGCUCUGUCCAAAUGGGGAGGCUCUUACAGAAGAAGUAGAGCUGCAGCUUCCUGACAAUGUGAUCGAUGGAUCGGCCCGAGCUUCCCUGUCUGUGCUGGGUGACAUCAUGGGCCGGGCCCUGAAGAACCUGGAUGGACUGCUGCAGAUGCCGUAUGGAUGUGGGGAGCAGAACAUGGCUCUUCUGGCCCCCAACAUCUACAUCCUCGAGUACCUGAAGAACACACAGCAGCUGACCUACGCCAACAAGGAAAAGAUUGAGAAAUUUCUGAUGAAUGGCUAUCAGAGGCAGCUCAACUACAAGCACUAUGAUGGUUCUUACAGUGUUUUUGAAGAAGGAAAGCAGAACAGCUGGUUGACUGCUUUCGUGCUGAGAUCCUUUGUUAAAGCGAGUUCAUUUGUCUUCAUUGACACUGAAGUCGUUGAAAUGGCCAGGCGUUGGAUCGAGAGUAAACAACGAGAAAACGGCUGUUUCAAACAGUCGGGGAAACUCUUUAACAACAAGAUGAAGGGCGGUGUGUCUGAUCAAGUGACUCUCAGUGCUUACAUUACUGCGUCCCUCUUGGAGAUGAACAUAACAGGAACUCCUCUUGUUGUACAAAGAAGCUUGUCCUGCCUCAGGGAGUCCAUGGGUAACCUGAGCAACACCUACACCACAGCUCUGCUGGCGUAUGUCUUCACCCUGGCAGGAGACAUGCAGACCCGCGCUCUCCUUCUGAAACACCUCGGCACAGUGGCUAUACAGCAAGGGGAUUUACUUCACUGGUCUCAGAAUGAGGAAGAUACAUCAACCUCUCUGUCUGUGGAAAUCAGCUCUUAUGUGCUUCUGGCCUUACUCAGUGCAUCUCCUUCUGCCGAGGACCUGCGAUACUCAUCCAGCAUCGUCAGAUGGCUGACAGGACAGCAGAACCAGUACGGAGGCUUCUCCUCUACCCAGGACACCGUGGUGGCUCUGCAGGCUCUGUCUCUGUACUCCACUAAAGUGUUCAAUCCUGAAGGUUCCAGCACUGUGACAGUUCAGGCUCCCAGUGGCCAGCUGACGUUUGAUGUAAACCCUCACAACAAACUGCUCUACCAAGAGGAGGCUCUGAAGGACAUGACAGGAAAGUACAGCCUGGAGGUGAAGGGAACUGCCUGUGCUUCAGUGCAGAUUUCUCUUCAGUACAACAUCCCGCCUCCUCCACCAGCCUCUUUUCUCAGUGUGGCGGCUGAACCACAUGCUGACUGCACGAGCACAUCUCGCAGCCUCAGUCUGACGCUGAAGUCUGUACAUUAUGGAAGCGACAACAUGACAAACAUGAUGAUAAUGGAAAUCAAACUACUCUCUGGAUUUACCCCAGAUGCCGAGUCUUUAAGGAUGAUCAGAGACUCUAAGGUGGUGGAACGUCUUGAAUAUACUGGAGAUCGUAUUCUUGUUUAUAUACGGGAGUUACGUAAGAGUAAAAUCACGCGCCACUUUCUAAUUCUCCAAUGUAAGCUUCCAGUGUGGAACCUGAAGCCAGCUUUGGUGAAGAUCUACGACUACUACCAGCCAAGUUACAGCGCUGAAUUUGAGUAUGCGCACCCCUGUGCUACAGGUAACAAUUAAAACCCCUUCUUUUCCCUUUUUAACUGAACUGUUUUCUUUUAUUCACAUCAAAGCCCUUCUAGGGCUGGAUCUAGCAAAUUAGCAUCAGCUACAUACACUAUGAUACUUGCUUUGGAUGGCUGUUUUCACUUUGUCUAUGUACACUGUAUCUGUCCCUAACCAAUGCACGGAUUAAGAAUGCAGAAGCCACAAACUCGUGGAGGCCUAUAGGCAUAGCAAAUACAAAUAUAUGUAACCUGCGUAGUGGAGGUGUUGUGGAGUGAGUGAGGGAACAGAGACCUGUGUGUGUUCGGUCGUUGUGUGCAAGAGUGAUGUCAGAGCAGGAAACAGAGUAAGCAGCCUAUCAGAACAGUACAGUUUGA